GAAUUAAACAAUUGAAAUCACUCUCAGUGCGCAUCUUGACUUUCUUUGUCAAAUAUUUUUUAAAUUGACAAAUUGAUAAGCAAGAUGACACGCAUCAGUGUUGUCCUUGUGGCGGUGAUGGCCCUUUUUGGUCAUUCGGUAAUGUCCGAAUACGAAUUACUUCCAGAAACUGGUUUAAAUAUCUUUGAACUUGCUGAAUUACAUGGUUACCCAAUGGAAGCCCACGAAAUAGAAACCGAAGAUGGCUACCUCCUUGGUGUUCAACGCAUUCCCCAUGGCAAAUCCAACGCUGGCGAACCAAACAAACCUGUAGUUUACAUGAUGCAUGGCUUGAUGUCCUGUGCAGCUGAUUGGAUCAACAUCGGACCAGAAAAGUCCCUUGCCUACAAACUAGCUGAUUUGGGUUACGAUGUCUGGAUGGGUAACGCACGUGGCUCAGCAGAAUCUCGCAAACACAAAACCCUUGACCCCGAUCAUGAUAGGAAAGCAUUUUGGUCUUUCAGUUGGAACGAGAUUGGUCGUUACGACUUGCCUGCUACAAUCGACUACAUUCUGGAACUCACCGGUCAGGAACAACUUCAGUAUGUUGGUUACUCCCAAGGAACCACUUCAUUCUUUGUGAUGGCAUCUUCCCGACCUGAAUACAACGCUAAGAUUAAAAUGGCUACACUUUUAGCACCUGCUGCUGAAAUGGAACAUCUUCAACAUCCUCUUGCAAAAUUACUAGCACCAGUUGAGAAGAGUAUAACUUCUCUUUCUGAAAUGAUUGGAGUGAGGGAAUUGUUGUCUAGGAGCGACUUUCUUCAAAGUCUCAGCAACCAGUUAUGCACCAAUGAUAAACCUAUUCAAGAGUUAUGCAAAAUCAUUGUAUUUUUGAUUGCUGGUUAUGACCGUGCGCAAUUAGAUGGAGCUUUUAUCCCAGUUAUCACUACCAACUCACCAGCUGGAGCAAAUUUGAAACAAUUCCUUCAUUAUUUACAAAAUUUGAAUUCUGGAGGAUUUAGGAACUGGGACUUCCACGAUGAGGCUUUGAACAUUGAAGCUUAUGGUACUGCUGAACCUCCU